UCAAGCCGGGCACCACUCGCUGAGCCCUCGCCUACUAAACUUCCAAAGUGCGACCGCACAUUCGUGAGCCGCGGCGGCGCGAGCAACGGAACGUUCCACGCGCCGGAGCUAUUGAACCCGAACAACCAGAGCCGACAGUGCCUGUACACGUUCCUCGCGGCGCCGGGCCAGCGCGUGCUCGUCGAGUUCCGAACAUUCGACCUGCGAGGCAAGCCGCCGGACGGGGCCGCGGUCGGAGAGCUUCCAACAUGCUUGCACGAGCACAUGGACAUAUACUCGGAGAUGGCGUCGCUGGAGGCAGGCGAACUCGUGAACUCGGCGUUUGGCGGGCGGUACUGCGGUCCAAUCCCGCCUCGACGGCGCGUGUCCCUCCACCGCGCCGUCGCGCUAUCCUUCUUUACCGACAAGACGUACACACCACCAACCCUGUUCACUGGCACAUACCGCUUCAUCAACUCUUCGGAGUUCGAAGUCGGGACACCAGUGCCGAACUCAUUGUGCUCCUUCGUCAUCGAAGCGAGCAAGCGCAAGACGGGCCUGCUGCUGUCUCCGACGUACCCGGGAAUCUACCCCAAAGACAUCACGUGCAACUAUUUAUUCACCGGACAGCGCGGGCAGCGGAUCCGCCUCGAGUUCAGGGACUUCGACCUGUUUUUCGGCGGACCUCACUGCCCAUUCGACUGGGUGCGCGUGUACGACGGGCCAGACAACUCGUCGGCCGUUAUCGGCACGUACUGCGGCCAGCAGCGCAAUCUGGUGCUCUACUCCAGCGACGAGAGGCUCCUGGUGACGUUCUACACGCUGCCGAGGGCGGCCAGCACGCAGAACCGCGGGUUUAAGGGGAUCUUCGAAUUCUCUGAGAGUUUUGUUAAGUUAGAUUUUAUAAGUAAACACGACGCCGAGCACAUUAGGGGCUCAGAGUGCGACCAAAAGAUUCUAAGUAAAAAGGAAUCCACUGGUUUCGUGUACCAUCCAAAUUAUCCAUUCCCCUAUAUACAAAAAGUUGUUUGUAGAUAUUUUAUAUACGGUAUGCAAGAUCAUCAAAACCUGGAACGAGUGCGGUUAGAGUUCCAGAACUUUUCUAUACCAAAAGGCGAACUUUCGAAACCUGACACAGCCUGCCCCGACGGAUACCUGAAGGUGUACCUGCGCGGGCAGGAGGCGACCGACUCGUACGACAAGCAUGACGCGGAGCUGUGCGGCGAGGGCGCCGGCACCUUCCCGCCGCCGCUCGUCUCCGACGGGCCCAGACUCGUCAUGGUCUUCAGCUCGGGAGAGCUGCAGGGCAGGGGGUUCAAGGCCAAGUAUACUUUCGAGACUGAAUACCGAGUACCCGGUACCGCGGCGCCGGGCGGCGAAUGCGCGUUCACAUACCGCUCCGAGUCGAAGAAGCGCGGCGAGUUCAACUCUCCCCGCUACCCCUCCAACUACCCCUCGCACACCAACUGCACGUACAUGCUGGACGCGACACCCAACGAGCAGGUCACUGUCGUCUUCGAUCAUUUUAAAGUCAAGGCUGAUGCGUGGAACGCUACUGCAGGACUGUAUGGCGGCACGACGUGCAGCGAGGACUGGGUGGAGGCGUGGUGGGUGGGGCGCGAGGGCUCGCGCGUGCCGCUGGGGCGCUGGUGCGGCGCGGCGGCGCCCGGCCCGCUGCACUCGCCGCGCGGCGCGCUCGGCCUGCUCGUCGCGCUGCACACCGACGGCGACGCCGUGGCCUCCGGGUUCAAGGCCAGAUAUGUCUUCGAGCCCGCGAAGUCGAUAUUCGGCGACUGCGGCGGCAACAUGUCAGGCGCGGAGUGGGGCGUGAUCACGUCGCCGCGGUUCCCGCUCACGUACGAGCCGCCGUCGCGCAGCGCCGCCUCGCGCGUCUGCAACUGGUUCGUCACGGCGCGGCCCGGGAAGCGACUGCUGCUCAACUUCCAGCACUUUGCUGUCGAAGGACAUCUUACAGAGCGUGGUUGCGGCGCGGCGGUAGUGCGGCUGUGGUACGAGAGCCCCGGCCCGCCGCUCGAGCUGUGCGGCGAGAAGGCGCCCACCGACCGCUGGCAGUACCUCUCCUCCUCCAACUCCAUUAGGCUCUCGUUCAUAAUAGCGGACAAGUCAGUGGGCGGGCCGGGGUGGCGCGCCAUCUGGACGGAGGUGACGGUGCCGGAGUCGGGCGCGUGCGCGGGCGCGCCGGAGGGCGGCGGCGCGGCGGAGUGCGCGGGCGCGUGCCUGCCGCGCGCCGCCGCCUGCUCCGGCCUGCCGCACUGCGCGCUCAUGCCCACCCGGCCGCCCGCACACUGUUAGUACGCACGCACACCGACGCCACUGCGGGUCGCCUUUAUACAAAACAAACACAAACACAUCAUUUAGUCCCGAAGGGGUGGGCAGAGCCAACGCAUCCACUUUUCGCCUUAUUGAUCACUUCCACGCGAAAGGGGCGAGCAUAUCGCCAUAUCGGGCAAAAAUUUCAGACCAGAAAACCCAAUAUCAACUUUGCCAAACUCUUAUACACAAAUUAAUUAAAAUAUCUCAUGUAGAUAGGUGGAAGUGUGAAACACUUAUAACCAUAAAAUAAUACCAAAGAGUUUGCCAUUCAUUAAACCUCUACAUAGGUUAUAUUCUGUGGUCACGAUUUUAUUGUAGUGAUGUCUAUUAUAUUAAAUAUUCAAUUUUCAUUCACCUAAAAUAAUAUAUAGCUAAUGAAUACAUAAUAUAAUAUAUAUAAUAAUAAUAUGAGUCCUAUAUUAUAUACUGUCCCACUGUCGGGCACGGGCCUCCUCUACUACUGAGAGGGAUUAGGCCUUAGUCCACCACGCUGGCCUAGUGCGGAUUGGUAGACUUCACACUCACGAAAUUCCUAUACAGAGUUUCUCAAUACAUCAUAUUAUUCAAUUACUAUAAAUAUAAACAGUUAACUUCCUUUCUUUAAAACCAUUUCACUCAAUAUAAAGGCGAUCCCUGAUAUAAUAACAUUAUCCAAUUCCAGUUUCUUCAUAAAGAGUUCACAUAAGUAUUUACGAUUUAUCUCUUAGCGUAAUCGAUAAGGAACAUAAAUGAUAUUUAGUCGAUUUGGUAACUAGCAAGUGUUGUAUCGAUUAAUGUGUUUAAAUUUUUCGAAAUUAUUUAACAUAUCAAAUGUGUCAUAGAUAUACCAAUAUUCUAACUAAAACACAUCAAUAUACAAUUUUAAACAUUUACCAAGGCUAACCAUAGACAAAAUCGUAUUUUUUCUAAAUUUUUAAUUUAAAAAUUCUCACUGUAUUAUAUACAAUUGGCACCGCACUUUACUUACGAUUGUAUUACACCUUGCAUUUUGUCGUUGCAUAAGAGAAUAUAAUAAUGGUAUAUUAUAAAAUUAACAAUAUAAUAAAGUAGAUUGUUCAGUACACGUAUACGGGGAAAGCAGUACUUGUAGCGAAAUAUUUCCGUUUCCGGCUUUAUGCGACUCUAUUAACUCUAUAUUAAUCUAUGGAUAAUAAAAUCGUAGUGUAAGAAAAUACUUUAAGAUUCGAUAUGUAAUAUAAUUACUAAAAUUAGAGGCGAAGAUUACGCUGUGCGAGUUGUAAAAUUGAAUAUUUUAUGCUAAAUUAAUCAAUGUAAAAAUUCUAUAUGAAAAACAGAGAUAAUAUAUUUUAUUCGUCUAGUCUGGAUUAAUGAUGAAUGCAAAAGUGAAUAGUCUUAUAAAAAUAUAUAUGUAAAAUAAACCCGUAGGGCAAAAUAUUUUUACAGUAGUAUAUGCAUUUUGGCCAAGAAUUCGCCGCUGAGGAAAUUAUAACAAACAUUGGUUUAUGGGCCUUUAUUCCAUAGCCUAUUCUUUUGGCAUAAAAAAAAAUAUACAGGAAUUCUAUAUUUGAAUUAUUAUGAUUCUUUAUUUAAAUAUAAUGUAAGCUAUGAUUUACCGUUAUUGCAUAUUUUUAACCGACUUCAAAUAAGGAGGUUUCCAAUUCGUCUGAACAUUAUAAUGCUACGAUUUUCUAAAUAACGCUGUUAAAAUUGCUUUGGUUACAGCCCCUACAAGCGCUGCUUACUCCUGCUUUAAUCUUCUAUAUCGUUGUAAAUUGUAUUCUAAACACAGUAGAACUAACAAACAACUAAACUAUGCGUGGUUCCAACCACUGUACUCCGUCAGUAUACGAUGGGUCAAUGCAAUGUUUGUCUCGGAGGAUGUAUUAGGUGUUAGUCUCGAUUCAAUUAUAUAUUUGUUGAUAUUAGCGGAAUAUAUUGAAUAUGUUGCAAGAAA